GUCUGGACUGGAGAGGGAGGGCGUGUGUGAGUGUGUGUGUGUGUGUGUGUGUGUGCGUGCGCUGAGCGCGAGCAGCCCCGAACCGCACUCAACCUACAAACACACAACACACCCAGAGUGGGGUGUGAGAGGGAAAGUCCACAGCUUCCGUCGCUGCUGGUGCAGGAGCGCAGCAUCGCGCAGCAUCGCAUCGCAUCGCAUCGCGGCGCAUCGGAUCGGCGGGACCCCGCGGCUCUCCGGCACGAGCACAGCGCGCGCACGGACAUGCGAUGAAGCGUCUCCUCCGCCGACAGGAGCUCCUCGCGUGUCGGCUGCCCUCGCGCUCCGCUGUGAAACGCUGCUGCUGCUGUAGCGGCGGCGCGUGGCGUUUCCGCCGUGCGCCUCGGCGGGGGCUUUAAUCUCGGUGGGAAAACUGCGCUCUUUUCAAGCCGAGCAGCCGGAAAACGCGCCGUUUCCACAGGGCUCCCGCUCCACGAAUGCGCCGCACAUCUCUGCUCCUGGACAAAUGCCUUCUUCGCGAGCCGCGGCGCUGCGUCUCCUCCUGCAUUUUCGCGCGUGUCGCACGUAGACUAGAGUGAAAACGCGUGGUUUCGGUGGUGUCGUUCGGUCGGGUCGGUUCCGCGAAAAUGCCGGCCGGGAUGAAGCCGCUGGAAAAGUUCCUGAAGAAGCCGAGCACGGCGCUCGCUCGCACCGGCGGCGGCUUCGGGGACAAGGCGGCGGGCGGCGGCGCGUCCCGGCGGCGCGCGAGCCUCUCGCGCGUGGUGCCCUUCCUCAAGGAGAGCUCCCCGGAGAGCCAGGAGGCCGAGGAGCCGCCGUGCUCGAGCCCCAGCGCCGACACGACGACGAGCCCGUCCCUGUCCAGCGACGAGCAGAGCUCCGACACGAGCGUGGACGCGGCGUGGACCGCGUUCCCCGCGGACACCCCCGUGAACGUGGUGCUCGCGCUGCUGGACGGCGUGGCGGACAAGAGGCAGAGCCCGUGUACGGAGACGUUCCUGGAUGACUUCAUGCUGACAUACUCCAUCUUCCUGGCUCCUGACACGUUCCAGCAGAUCCUCCUGCAGCAAUUCCGAGCAGGGGGGAAGCUUGGGGAGCGUUGGUCCGGCUGGGAUGGAGUCGAGAGGAAGCAGGCGGUGCUGACCGUGACGCUGCGCUACCUGGACACCUACGGAGAGCUGCUGCAGGAGGAGGGGGAAAAGGCCAGCAGCUUCCUCAAGGAGCUGUACCUGUGUGCCGCCCAGGAGCUGAGUCGAUACCCCGAGUUGGUGGAGGACGUGCUCAAGUUGCAGCGUUGGACGGAGAACCUUCAGAGCCCGAAGGAGGAGGACAGCAGCAGCAGCAAGAGGAAGCAGGUCCGUCCGCUCUUCCGCCACUUCCGGCGCAUCGACGCGUGCCUGCAGCCGCGCGAAGCCUUCCGCGGCUCCGAUGAGAUCUUCUGCAGGGUGUACACUCCGGACCACUCGUACGUGACCAUUCGCAGCCGUCUGUCGUGCCGCGUGGACGAGAUCCUGGCCGCGGUGCAGGAGAAGCUGCAGUACAGCGAGCAGCAGCACUGCCAGUCGAGCAACCUGGUGCUGGUGGCCGUCACGUCCUCGGGGGAAAAAGCUGUGUUCCGCCCCAGCGAUGAGGCUGUCUUCACCACGCUUGGAGUCAACACCCACCUGUUCGCCUGUGAGCCGGCUGAGCUUGAGACCCUGCUCCCCCUGCCCGAGGAAAUCCACUGGUCUCCCGGCGACAGCAAGCUGCACGACAUGAGCGCCGAGGAGGUGGCCAAUCAGCUGGUGGCCUUCGACCGGGAGCUGGUCGGCUGCAUACACGAGGUGGAGUUUGUGAGCUAUGUGUUCCAAUGGGAGCAGGCUCGCUGGCGCCCCCUGAACCUGGAGCUGGUACUGCAGCGUUGCAGCGAGGUGCAGCACUGGGUUGCGACGGAGAUCCUGCAGUGCCAGUCGCUGCCUAAAAGGCUGCAGCUUCUGCGCAAGUUCAUCAAGAUCGCAGCUCUCUGCAAGCAACAGCAAGACCUGCUGUCCUUCCUGGCGGUCGUCCUGGGGCUGGACAACCCCGCGGUCAGCCGGCUUCGCCUCACCUGGGAGAGCUUGCCGGGGAAGUUCAAGAAGCAGUUCCAGCAGUUUGAGGCCGUUGCGGACCCCUCCAGGAACCAUAAGUCGUACCGGGACUUGACAGCCAGCCUGCAGCCGCCAAUCAUCCCGUUUAUCCCGCUGCUGCUCAAAGACCUGACAUUCCUCAACGAAAGCUGUAAAACUUUUCAUGGGGAGCUGGUGAACUUUGAGAAGAUGCACAAGAUUGCGGAGAUGGUGAGGGGCAUUAGGAGGUACAGAAGUUCCCAGCUUGCGGUGGACUCGGAGCCUUCGCCUUCCUAUCUCCAGACCAAGGCGUACGUGCGUCAGCUGCAAGUCAUCGACAAUCAGAACCUGCUCUUUGAGCUCUCCUGCAAGCUGGAGCCCAAAGAUGCUUAAGGGCGAGCUCGCGAGUUUGGCACGGCGUAACACCCCGACCCUCACACGCUACCCUCCACAUCCGCAUUGCCGCCGAUUCCCCCGUUGCCCCCCCCCGCCCCCCGCCAAGCGUCCGCUCAUACGGCCCGAAGCCCCCAAAGCGCCGCGCUCCUUUCGACUGCCGGGGCGCCGCAACCUCCACGCUCUCCCUAGGGACGCGGUCUGAGCGAGACUUGGAUGGACCUUCGGUCCACGAAGAAGUUGCUUUGUCAGAAGGAGCUCCUCGAAGAGACGGCGUGUGAUCGUAGUUCUCCGCGGAGAUGCAUCAGUGAGCUACAUCGUGACAAUCAUCCCCAUGGCUACCGCAUCUUCUUCUCCUUUCUUACUCAGGCACUUGCCAUCGACAGCGACAUUUGAGCCAUGAGACGGGUCCUGCCGGUUCGCCGACCCCUAUUCUGCUUGUGAUUUGCACUUAACGCUUCCUUAAAGAGGGAGGCCUCUUGACACUGGCGUAACGUAAAUGUUGACGUGUAUCUAAAUGUCUCCCUGAGAUGAGACUGAUUUGUGUAUAUGUUAAGGAUGCUCGUGUAAAGGAGGUGAUUUUUUUUGUAAAUUUGAAGAAGCAUUUAUAAAACGGGGUAAAGAAAGGCAAAGACCACAGGUGGUACCUGGGUACAGGUAAGGACACGGUGUACUGUGUGCAACUCGGGUGUACAGAGGGCAUCGUUAAAUGCCAACCAAUUGCAUGUGGUCUUUGCACAUACGACUACAUCGCUUAAAAUGUUUUAAAUGUAUCGAGGCAUUUUAAUAUUCCGAGUUUGUCGGUGUUUAGAUGGGAAAUAAAUUGCGGUGUUUAAUCAGCUGUAACUUCGUAAAAUUAUGUACCUGAAUGAGAACGAAACUCGGGAGGAGAACGGAUGAUUUAGCGAGUGAAAUUUCUCCAAAAGCGGUCGAGGGAGGGACGAAGGAUGCAAGGUUACCAAACUGCGGUUCAGGGAUGAAAGCAGGGAUUUAAAAGAGCAAUAGACUAGUCGUCCAAUUAUUCCGCCGAAAUUAUUUGCGGGGAAAAAGUUAAGCAACGGUUUAACUUUUAUUUUCCUAAUCGCGACUCCACAACCGUACGGCUCUGAAACCCGAGAACUUCCCAGCGGGCUGUAAAAACUGACGCGUUGCAUUAAAAUGCUGGUGCAUCCAGUUUUCGUAUCGCGAAGCGGGUACUGCUGCCGUUCGCCUCCGCAUUAGCGGGGUUCGCCUUUUUGCCUCGCGAGGAAGGAUCCUAACUGGGGAUAAAUCGUCAGCUAUAAACGGGAAGAAACCAGCAAAUGAAUCUGGGUCUCUUUCUUUCGACAGCUACAUUUUGUCAAUUAAACAGAAUAAUUCGCAAAUCCGAUCGCACGAAGGCAAACUGACUAACGCCGGGGGUACCGUGGUACAAAAGGAGUGGGUCACCGGAGGUGAUGCUCACAGUGUGUGUAGAAGCAGUCAUCCCCCCCCACUAGCAUGGCUACACCUAUGUCUGGUUUUUUUUUUUUUUUUUCAACUUUCAUUCUUCAAAAGCCUUUUGCAUUGUUAAACACACCCAUUUUGCUCUUGUAGAUUAUUAGGUUUUUUUUUCCAGUCGAUGCUCAGAACGCAGAUUUAUUCGUGACGGAGGAGCCCGAACGCACGACUCGUCGCCGCUGUCGCGGGUUUCGUACUCUGGGUCCUCGGCGCACGUGUCGUACGUUUGAAGAACGACGCGGCGAGGCAGGCAAAUGAAUAAAUGAAUAUGCUGUUUCUUGCUCACUGCAUAUCUCCUGCAUACCCGCAGACGCUGUCACUGGAGAACAGAGCCUAUUGUACAGUGAAGUUGUUUUUGUUGCUUUGUUUGAAAAGCAGUCAGUGUUUACAGCCAGCUUGACGUGGGUGGAGCCGCGGGGAUGCCAAUGCCUUCGGCACCGCGGCCCUCAAUAAAGCCUCGUCCAACGGA